UCCUCGCUAUAUAUGACCUCAAUUUCAGGUUCUGAAGUACACUACCUUAUGCGCAGCAGAUGCAUCAGCCAUCCGGCAGCCGCCAGUUUUCAUCAAGGAACUGGUCAUGUAUUCGUGGGCACUUGUGAGUGCACUGAUUUCUUCACUCACGCCACUAAGCAAGCAGGGAGAUGCACCAACCAAAUGCGAAGAAAAAGGGAAGUUCUGCUGACGACACCAAGGCAAGACACGUUUUGCAAGCCUGAACUAACGAUUGCAGCUGAAUUGCACCAGCUGAGGAAGUGCGUCUGCAAGCCAGGUUACGUGCGCAACGCAUGGGGCCACUGCGUCCCAGUUCAGGACUGUGCGAAGUGCAAGAAAUGGCCCAAUGCCGACUACAACGAAUGCGAAGGCACUUGCCCUUUGACCUGUGGAAAGCCGGUUCCUAGUUUCUGCACCAAGAUCUGUGGAGCUGCAUGUGCGUGUCCACCAGGAUUCGUGCGUGGUUACAGCGAGAAGUUUGAAUGCGUGUCGAUAGCAAAGUGCCCACCGGCAUGCCAACCAAACUCAACGUUCCAGAUCUGCAAGUGGGGCUGCGAGCCAAGUUGCUUCAAGCCACCACCGAAGGAAACCUGCGUACCGAGUUGCCACACUGGUCAAUGUGUCUGCAAUGAGGGCUUCGCUGAAGCUCACUUGCCAGGGGGAUAUAUAUGCGUGCCAUGGGAUAAAUGUCCCGAAUAUCAACAAUUUUUCCCCAAAUUGCUAUAGCUGCCGAACAAUUGCUUUUUCUAUAUCGCCUAUACGUUUCCAAGAAAUCAAAUAAAUAUCCAUAGAA